AUGAUUAUUGCUCCGGCUCCACCAUCCACGAAAGGAUCUCGCAUGACAUAUGCCUCUUCAACCGCUGAGGAUUCACUUCCUCUUUUAAAUGAUGAAAAUGAUAAUAAUUUCACAGAACCUGAUCCAUCCAAGCGAUUAAAUGGCACGGUCCGUUUUCGUUCACGGCUCAGUGUCGACGAAGAGGCUCCUAGUGUUUGGCGUUCAUUUAACUGUCGCACUUUAUGGGCAUUUACUGGCCCUGGUUUCCUUAUGAGCAUCGCCUACUUAGAUCCAGGAAAUAUUGAGUCAGAUUUACAAAGCGGUGCCGUUGCCAACUAUCGACUCUUGUGGCUUCUUUUUCUGUCAACACUUAUGGGUCUUUUCAUGCAACGAUUAGCAGCUCGAAUUGGCGUUGUUACCGGUAAACAUCUCGCAGAAAUUUGCUAUGAGGAGUAUCCAAAGCCCGUUCGCCUUAUUCUCUGGGUUAUGGUUGAAAUCGCAAUUAUAGGUUCGGAUAUGCAAGAAGUCAUUGGAACUUCAAUUGCCAUUAACCUUCUGAGCAUGGGAAAAAUUCCCCUCUGGGGUGGUGUUUUAAUCACCAUUCUUGAUACUCUCUCCUUUCUUCUCAUUGAUAACUACGGUCUCAGGAAAUUAGAAUUGUUUUUUGGAUUUCUGAUAUCUGUUAUGGCUUUCACAUUCGGCUAUGAGUACAUUAUUGUCGCUCCGAAUCAAGCCCAGGUGCUCCGAGGCUUCAUUGUGCCUUCCUGUCCCAACUGUGGAUGGGCAGAGCUGGAACAAGCGGUGGGAAUAAUUGGAGCUAUAAUUAUGCCCCACAAUUUCUACCUCCAUUCCGCUCUUGUAAAAUCCCGUGAUGUUAAUCGCAAGGAUAAUCGAGCGAUUGCAGUAGCAAACUUCUACUUCUUCCUUGAAGCCUGCAUUGCCCUCGGAGUUUCCCUGGUGAUUAAUAUCUUCGUUGUGGCGGUAUUCAGUGAAGGCUUCUACGGAAAAAGUGUUGCCGAAGUUAUUAGCAAUUGCUCUGCAAGCCAAACUAUUCCAGAGUCUUUUCUAGAUACCGCACGAAAGUUUGAUCCAACUCAGGUCGAUCUCUACAUUGGUGGUGUAUUCUUGGGCUGUGAAUUUGGUAUUGUUGCACUCUAUGUCUGGGCAGUCGGUCUCUUGGCAGCCGGACAGUCUUCAACAAUGACUGGAACCUAUGCGGGCCAAUACGCUAUGGAGGGAUUUCUGAAUCUGAGGUGGAAACAGUGGCAAAGACUUCUUGUUACUCGAUCCAUUGCCAUUCUCCCAACUCUCAUAGUAACAUUUUUUGAAGGUAUUGAGAAUCUCACAGAAAUGAAUGAUCUUCUGAACGUUCUGAUGAGCGUUCAGCUGCCUUUCGCUGUGAUUCCACUUCUUACCUUUACCAACUCCAGAGCGAUUAUGGGACCAUUCGUCAACUCUACUGCCUCCAAAGUGAUGUCUAUUGCCAUUUCUCUGGUUGUGAUUGGGGUGAAUUUCUUCUUUGUUGUGAUAUUCGUUCGAUCACGACUAACGAGGCACCUCGCCGCCUAUAUCGUAGUGGGCAUUCUCUUCUGUUUCUACUUCUCCUUCAUCGCCUACUUGUCUUUCUUCGCAAUUAAAAAGGAUAUUCAAAGUAAGAAACGAAACACGGAGGUUGAAAUUUCGGUUACUACGGAUAGGAGUAGAGUACCAUCGGCUAAUGCGGAACACAUUCUCAGUACGUAG